CUUGAAGAAAUGGCGAUUUCAUCCAUUCGUGGUAUACAAGGACAUGUUCCGGUUUAUAUGGUACUAAAAUUGCUUUUGGGCCAAUCUACACGUUCCAUGGCACUUUCAAUUAGUUUUUAUUGAACAUAAGUUGAAGCUCACGAAGAAUUCUUACCAAAACUAGGUUUUCGUUCUGCCUCAUUCGUUCCAGUUCAAAGCAAAAGGUCGUGACUACCUUUCACUGAGGCGGCGAACUUCUUCACCUCCAAACACCAGAAUCACGGUAACGAGGGCACAUUUCGAAUUAUGAACGUAAGUUCCGAAAAGCCAGGUUCUGCCUCAUGGUCGGUUACAACUCUGUUGGUAAAACGGUUACCACCCAAUAUCACAGCGUCUACAGCAACGUGCCAACAGUUCUUCACACCGUUUGGAAGUAUAGACGUACGGCUGAUGAGCUCACUUCCAAUGCGAGGAUCUGCUUUUGUCGAUUUUCCAGGGAAUGAAGCUGCUGCAGCGGCACGAGAGCGUUUGAUGGCCAUCGAUUUCAGUGGCAAAAAACUACGAGUGGAGUAUGCAACCCCUAGCCGAGACAGAAUAAGUAAUCAUAUAUCAACAGGGUCGAGCAAUAACAGCAUAACGAAUCUUGGUGCACCGCCUCCAUCACGGAAACCGAUUGCUGCUACGAAACCACCAGAAGCUUCACGGUUCAAAUCCAACACCAAUACAGAGCAGGCAGGAUCUGCACCUUCUAUUGCGCCUGCAUUAGGAGUCAAUUAUCCCUCUAACCCUAAUCUAAAGUACAAGUACCCUGAUCCUACACCAGAGAUUUUAACCAAUAUGAUGCAAGCCAUUGGGAGUGUGCCUCGUUUAUAUAACCAGGUCCUGCAUUUAAUGAACAAAAUGAAUUUACCGCCCCCUUUCGGUCCAGUACGAAAAGAUGCAAUACCUGCCACUCUGAAGCGAAAAUCAGAUGGCCUCGUGGCUAGCGACGAAUCUGAGAUGGAGAGCAGUGGUGAAGAAUCUGACUCAAGACGGAGUGUGAAGAGAAUGAAAGCGAAGGAUAAUCAUGAGCAAAGGCAACUUGCUUUAGGGAGGAAGAAAGUCACUUCAACGAUCUCCAUCAAUAUACCCAAUGUAGAUAAUGCCAAAGUCGCCUUGGCCGCCUCAGCGAUAGAGCCCGAGGAGCCACAUUCAGCGGUAGUCCAGGAAAAAUAUGAUGUCAAGACAUCUGAGAACGAGGGAUUUGAGAGGACUGAGCCCAACAAGACUGAUCAAUACAUAACCAUAGAGACACUCGAUGCCCAUAAAGCAUCUCCAGACAAUUCUCAGUAUAGUACGGCUUUCAAGAACUACUCAGAAGGGGAGCCAACAACGCGACUAUACAUAAAGAAUCUUGAGCGUAAAGUAGUUAAGGAAUCUGACCUUCGCAAAAUAUUUGGACGAUUUGUGUUAGAGAGCAAGGGCGAUCCGGACAAAGAUUUGGAUAUCAAUCUUUUACUUUCAGGGCGGAUGCGUGGACAAGCUUUUGUGACAUUUAAAGAUCAAGAAACAGCCAGAAAAGCUUUGGAAGGAGCGCAUAGGUAUAUACUUCACGGGAAGCCGAUGAUUAUACAGUUUGCAAAGAGUCAAGUCGCUCAAAGACAAUAAUAAAAGCAAGUGCACAGUCAAGCUAAUUUCAAUCACCGCAUCAUCCUGACUCACUUUGGUUGAGGUUA